AUGCUGUUGGAAAGUGUUUUUGCACCUGCUGAAGCUCAAGAGGAAGCCUGCUGGCGGCAUUUGGAGAUUUGCACAGAGCUCUUUGGCGCUGAAUCUCGCUGUGCCAAGUGGGCGCGUGAGCUGUGUCAAAGUCCAGAAAUAUGCGCCGAUGAACUUCGCCUUCAUGCACCAGCUUGUCAAGACCUCGAAGAAGGUAGAACAAUGCUGGGCGCCUCCAGAAAUCUCAUCAUGAAGGCUUACGCGAGGCAUUUCUCGAAGCAAUGGAGGCUGCAAAGAAGAGGUGCAGAGUUCAUUGCUUGCUCCUGA